AUGAUAUCUGAAAACAUUGUUCGGAGGCAUUGGGCCCGAAGACGUACAAACAUCCAGUGGCUACCUACAGACCAGGGUCAGUGCCUUAUUGUCCCUUGUCAGCAGUGUCCUGGCCUGGAUGACCACAUCAGGCUUGAACUGGCAGUGGAGGAUGAGCGCAAACUCCUCAUAAACAACGUCGAACUAUAUCCCGACCCCGACGCAGAACACGGGCUGUUCAUGACGGCCUUCAUCGAUGACGAUGGCGUCAAGGGAGGAAAAUCCCGGGAGCAUACCAUUGGCUAUGGUCUCAGCGUGGCGUUCAAAGCACGGGACGAAGUUGAGCGGGUCGAACUAGUUGACGUGGACUGCCGGAUUCGUCAGGUUGACCGCCAGAGGGUCUACGGCGUUCCAACCAUCCACGUGCAACUCAUCAAGCUCGCAACCGGACAAGUCCUCAUCGGCAACGUGGCGACUAGAAAUGACGCUGGCGGGGAUUGUAGUGCUGCGCAAUGCUGGGCUUACCAGUUCGCCCAUGGUGUGUUUCGAAGCAUCAGCGAGGACUUUUUACACUGUUGCGCCAGACAACGUCUAAACCUUCCGGGCAACUUGUUUCACAACACCACACAUCUCCUUCGCCCUUGGAGAUAUGCUCUACAGGGGGGUCCUGAAGGACGAACACUCCAGCCGGCCCUGCUCGAUCUCUGUGCUGUUGCCAUGUUAGUAUCACUUAUGGUGCUUCUUUAUAAGGCGAACGGGAACAAGGACGAAUAUCUACCUUGGAAAACUUAG